UCUCGCUGCCUCAGUGGCUGAAGUGCGGCUUUGGGUAACCGCCUCCUCUGCGCUCGGAGCGGAGCUGGCGAUCAAAGCGGAGCUCGCCUUCAGUCGCGCCUGGACAUACCGAGUGCUGCAGGAACAACGCUUUAGUUCUGGAUUAUAUUCGUGCUGAUGUUUCCAAUCCGAUGAACAGAGAUGGGUAAACUUCAUUCGAAGCAUGCAGCUAUUUGUAAACCGAGGGAAAGUCCGGAAGGCGAUAGUUUUGUAGUGAACGCCUGCUUGGCGAGAAAAGGACUCGACGACUGGAUCGUUAAACAGAAGUAUUAUUGCGCUGGGUCCCGUAUAGAACAACCGGAUAGCCAUCAAAAAAGUACCUGCGGCUUGUCCUCAAGGGACCCAUUGGAAGAGACUUGUGCUGAGGGAGUGAGUGAUGAGCACUAUCGUUUAGAAGUUGCCCUGCCCCCUGAGAAGAUUGACAGCUGCACUGCAGAAGAGAGGAUACAGGAGCGAGAGAGCGUCACUCCCACUGGCCCACACAAACAGCUACAGUUUGAGGAGUUGGAGUGUGCUGUUUCCGUGGAGGAAGACAACAGGCAGGAGUGGACGUUCACUCUUUACGACUUUGACAACAAUGGCAAGGUGACAAGAGAGGACAUCACCAGCCUGCUGCACACCAUCUACGAGGUGGUGGAUGCCUCUGUUAACCACUCCCCCAGCAGCAGCAAGAAUCUCCGUGUCAAACUGUCCGUCACCCCCGAUGCCAGCCAGCGCUGGAGGAACUACACUCACACCAGCGCAGAAACACCGCACCUCAGGCUCAAGGGCGAAAGGUGCUCCGAGGAGCCCAGGAGCUCAGAAAAGAAGUCCAGAGCCCUUCUGAGAAGUCACCAUGGUGAUCACCACACACAGCAGGGCUGCCACAGGCACUGCGUGGACGAGAACCUGGAGAGAAGAAACCACUACCUGGACCUAGCUGGCAUUGAGAACUACACCUCGCGCUUCGGGACGGCUGUACCUGCGACAGAACCACCCAAACCCGACCACGCCUCCCAACGCCCGUCCAACCAGGCGCGCUCCCGUUCUCACGAGCCUGAAAAUGGCCACGCCCACCCUGGCCACCACCGCCGCUUGCACACCAUCUCCAUAGAGACCCCUGUCCUGCAGGAAAGGGCUCAGGCGUCUGCACGCCACAUGCACGGGCUGCGCUCGCCCAGAGCCCACCGUACAUCCCCGGCGCAGGGCCCGUGCGGGAGGGUGAUGAAGCGCGGCGCCCCGCCCGUCCCGGCCCCGCCUGUCCCGGCCCCGACCCUGCACGCCGGCCCACACCAGGGCGCGGCGCCCUACCGCCGGCGCAAGCAGCGGCCCAAGGAGGGUCCGGCGAACCGCGCCCUCGGGCCCCCUCCGGGAGCUGGGCCCGUGGUGGAGAAGGAGCGGGUGAGGGAGCUGCCCGGCGCGGUGCUGUAUGACGCCGGCCUGCCACAGCUGGUGCAACGGCACGAACACCACCACCACCAUGAGCACCAUUAUCACUACCACCACGUUUACCAGCCCUGAGGGGAGCGGAGACCACCCGCGGCUGCUACCCGACUGGAACCCGGAAUCUCGGCACCUUUAGCUGAGCCAAGACUGACAGAGACAGUGGACCCGGUAUUAUAGUGGCUGACUCUGUGUGUGUGUGUGUGUGUGUGUGUGUGUGUGUGUGUGUGUGUGUGUGUGUGUGUGUGAAGGGCUAUCUCUUGCUUUCUCUUUCUUUUUCCCCCUCCACGUCUUGCUAUCUUUUCUAUCUUUCUGUAUAACGUACAAGUGAAGCUCAGUUCCCUCAAGGGGACACGACUGUUAAAUGAAGAACACUGAACUAUGAAGGAAAGGGAGAUCUUUAGAUGAUCUCCUGCUUGUGUGUGCAUCUGCAUGCGUGUGUGUGAGUGUGUGUGUGUGUGAGUGUGAGUGUGUGUGUGUAUGUGUG